UUCUGGUGACAGAAGUUCACUCUCGACGUGGUUCGGAAGUCACGUAAAGCCGUUGGUCCCGUUGCUGAAUACCCACUGGUUCCAUGCAACGUAAAAAUACCAUACGAACGAAAUUACGAAAGCCUACAGACUCAGCAGCUUGCUAAAAGGUAACUGAAAACGAAUUGUUGACUCUUGUCCUAUCGUCAAGUGAGGACGCGGUGUUGAUGGUUUUAGUCUCAGACAGGCACCCUCUAGACUCGCAUCACUCGGCUGGUUCUGUAAGAAUUUUGUGACUUCUAACUUAAAGCACGAACUGGAAGGACGCGGAUUCUUUAAUCGUCGUAACUCACCGCAAUUAUGGACAUGCUACCCAAAUUUUUCUUCAUAAGAAGGAUGCAACAAAAUUGGCAGUUCAUUCUGUUGAUCCUAACACCUUUGAUUCUGUUACCUGUGAUCAUUAUUGGACGAACUGCCGAAUUCCGAUGCGCGUACGUGAUCCUCAUCAUGGCGACCUACUGGAUCUCCGAAGUCUUGCCCUUGUCAGUGACGGCUGUGAUCCCGGUCGUCGCCUUCCCUCUCCUGGGGGUCCUUGGAACGAAGAUUGUGUGCGCUGUGUACAUGAAGGACACCACCGUCCUGUUCCUUGGGGGACUCAUGAUGGCUGUGGCCGUAGAACACUGUAAUCUGCACAAGAGGAUUGCGCUCUUCGUUAUGGUGCGAGUGGGUCAGAGUCCCAAGCGCCUGCUGGCCGGCCUGAUGCUCAUCACCACCUUCCUCUCCAUGUGGAUUUCCAACACAGCCACAGCUGCUAUGAUGGUGCCAAUCGUGGACGCCAUUGUCAAUGAAAUUGAAGAGACAAAAGCGGCACAGACGAGUCGCAAGGAAGCGCAGGAACCUGGAGACGAGGAACCGCUCGAAAGAACUCGUUUCGUGAAACCAGGAGAGAGGCAGAUUAGACUGAUGGAACAGGAGGAAGGAUUCCUGGAAUACGAAGAACCUGCUGAGUGUUACGAAGCAUCGAGGAGAUCAAGUGACUCAAGAAAGACUCUGCCUGGGGACCAAGAAUCCUCUCAUGCCAUAAAGAAAAUGCUUUUCCUGGGAGUGGCCUUUGCGUGCAACAUAGGAGGCACUGGAACUCCGCUAGGUUGUGGCCCCAGCAUAGUGGUGUUUAGUAUACUUCAGAGCACUUUUGGAGAGGAAACUGGACUCAACUUCGCGUCAUGGAUGAUGUACAAUAUUCCAGGAAUGCUUGUGUGCACAGCUCUGGGAUGGUUCUGGCUUCAGAUUUUUUGCAGAACUUCUGGUCUUUGCAAAAAGAAGACGCGUGAGGAUGAUGCUGACGAGCUCAACGAAAGCCAACAACAGUCGAUCAGAGAAUUCCUCCUGAGUCAGUAUCGAGCCCUGGGGCCCAUUAGCCAGCACGAGGCGAUAGUCUCCGCCUCCUUCGUCAUCCUGGUGUUCCUGUGGGUGUUCCGAAGUCCCGGGUUCGUCAGCGGAUGGGCUCAUCUCUUCGGCAGGAGCCAUGACAGUAAGCUAUAUAUUCACAAUGCCAGCCCAGCAAUAUUAAUGGUAUUACUACUUUUCUGCAUUCCAAAAUCUUUCAAAAAUGCUCUGAAAACUGACGACAAGUCGUCACGACAGCAGACGGUCGAGACCUGCCUCUCCUGGGAAGUGGUUAAUAAGAAGACUCCCUGGGGCAUCGUUCUCCUUCUGGGCGGAGGUCUGGCCAUGGCCGAGGGCGCCCAAGUUUCGGGCUUGUCUAGAUGGCUGGGGGAUGGGCUUCAGUAUUUCAAAUUCAUGCCCAAAGGAGCCAUAGCCUUUCUCUUGAGUGUGAUCAUGGCGAUGAUGACGGAGGUGGCUUCCAACACAGCCACGGCGUCCUUCUUUCUUCCUGUCAUCAAAGAUUUGGCGCUGGCCAUUGGUGUCAACCCAAUAUACUUGAUGCUCCCAGCGGCUGUCUGCUGUGCCUACGCCUUCAUGUUACCUGUGGCCACCCCGGGAAACGCCAUUAUUCUGAAGAGGUCCGGACUCGAGACGCGGGAGAUGAUCCGAGCGGGAUUCGUGAUGAACCUCCUGUGCGUCACAACAACCUCAUUCAUGAUCAACACCCUAGGGAGGGCCUUCUUUGAUUUUGAGACAUUCCCUGACUGGGCCAAAAACGUUACUUCUGAGGCACCUUGAGCUCACCUCGACUCCCAUAUCUUAAAAAUAAAUAAAUCAAUA